AUGGCCAUGGACGCUCCAGCCCCGAUUCGUACAUUCUACGACAGCAUGAAAAGCAUUGAUAUGGAGUCGUUAUUGGAUCAUCAAGCGUUCAUCGAACCUCGGAAAGACUGGUUCGAUAACCGACCUAACAAGAAGUUCAAGCUGCGGGGAGGUGUGUCUUCUGCCCUGAGCCUAGCAGACACGCACAUUCCGUCCAAGGGACCAGUGUAUACGAGAUCGAAGAGUUCCCAGGUACACGCAGGAGCACCACAUGCGUCGAACGUGCGAACUCUCAUACUAACGCGCAAGCCAGGACUAUAUCUCUAUCCACAAUUUCUGAGAAAUCACUUGGUACUGAAGGACUUGGUUGAUCAGCUUCUCCAUGAGGAGUUAGCAUCUCCUGCCAACUCGACGAAUCUGCACGAAAGCUACCACAUUACAUAUCCAGGCCGUGCGAGCGAUAGCAGGCAACAACUCUCAUUUUUCGACUCGGCGACUUCUCGGCUCCAGAUGCAGCCUCGUCUGGACGAUUCGUGGGUACACUUCCCUCUCACGGUCACAGACUUCGUGGACAAGCUACGUUGGUUGAGAAUACGCCUUCCAAGCAACGUCAAAACUCUCAUCGAAAGCAUUAUACCGCUUGAAGUCAAUUCCGCUACUGCUUUGAUAUCUCCACGUAUGGAUUCUCAAGGACUUCGACAGGAUCGUGAGAACAAGGGCUUUUUCCUCGAUCUGUCACUUGGUUGCGAUGGCGUUCUUGUCAUUGGAAGGGAGCAGGGCCCUGACGAGCGACGAAAGUCGGAUGUGCCUCCAUCGCCUCCGGAAGUUCCUGAAGACAACUGGCAUCAGUGGAUUGUUGGUCUUGACGAUGGAGACGGGGAGGAGCAUGCCAAGGACGACGACAAACGCAAUAACGAGGCGGAUCCCAAAGCUGGGGUUCACGAGAAGGACGAAUGCGGAUCUACCGAUGGAGACGGCUUCCAUCUCGCCGCUAUACGUCUAUGCCAUGGCGAUGCUCUGCUAUUCAGCGGCGAGAGCGUCAGCGCAUGGCACGGUGUGGCGAGAGUCAUGGAAGGAACAUUCGCUGCCUGGGAGCAAGAUUGGCCUUGCUGGCCAAGGGCCAGAGAGCAGAGAAACGGAGGCUGCACAUCUGGCUUCUUCCCCAUGAGGGAGGGUACUGGGCGCGUGUUGGAAGGCAUCGGCUGUGCCCACGACUCCAGACGUCCAUCGCCCAACCCUUUACGCGCUCGAAGAAACGAAGAGAUUGAAGGACAAGACAAGUGGGAACUUCGCUUGCGAAGACCCCAUGCGCUUAGACCUCAGGACCACCGAGCGAUUACUCCCAUUGCUUCAAGAGCACCAGGCGUCUCCAUCCACCUCACCUCAACCCAUCCCUCCAGCGCUACAAUGCUGGAUGUGCAUAUGGAGUCGGGCAGUGCUUGCGGAGAGUCUGCCAUGCGGCACAGUACUGGAGGAUGGAUGUCAUCAAGCAACGCGCCAUAUACAAACGCAACGAUCGGCUCCAGCUCGACUGUCAGUUCCGGCAUUUCAGCCUCUCCCUCGGCCAGCAUUCCUCUCGGUACUGGAUUAACUACGCCCUCGUCAUCAGGCCUGCCAAGUAGCAGUUCUUCAUCUUAUCCGUCCUCGAACCUCCUGAGCUCAGGAGGCAGCGCAUCACUGUCAGGCACUGGACUCACGACUUCAUCAUCCACCACCCUGGCUCCGGGAGCGAUACCUUUGGGAGUCAGUAGUAUCUCGACGGAGAUUGGCGGCUCUACGACUGUUCUAGCUAUCAUCAGCGGUGGUGAGGUCUCAUCUGCGAUAAUCUUGACACCAACAACGACCAUUGCCCCGACCGGCACGGAAGCCGCCUCGAGCAGAGAUCAAAUCGAAACACAGCUCAGCAGUGUUUUCCCGAUCAUUCAGAGCUGGAUCGACGAUGACACGGAGCAGGUUGGACCCAUCAUCACGUUUCUGGACGAUGUGGUCGACGAUGCGACCGGUCUUUUGUCGAAGAUUCAGGAUGACUCUGGCCAGAGCACCAACAAGGACUGUACUCAUUCGCUAUUCACACUUCUGAGCUGCAUCGUAGAGACGGUGACUUCAAUCAAGACCAGCAUCACGAGUACUCUUGUCGACAACGUAAACCACGAGCUCACCGAAUUGAAGGACCUGACAGAGGAAGUCAAGGAUGAGAAGGACAAAACAACCACAUCCGCGCCAUCCUCUACAACAUCUUCAGCGUCUUCAAAAUCGUCAUCAAGCAGUUGUAGCUCUGGGACGUCGGCAACGGAGGAGUACUUCGUCACAUGUACGCCUACGGUGAUCAGCUCCACGACCACACAAAUCUGCAAUACAGCCACUUCGACGGUAAGUGGUUGCAGUGUCUCAUCAUCUGCAACCACAACAACACUAUCGACGGGCAGUCUUCCCAUCUGCUCUGCAAGCGGAUGUUUGAGCUGCACAGCAACGUCGCUUCCUACCCAAACUACACCUCAGUGUACGGACUGCACAACCGUUGAUGGAGUUGCGUAUCCGUCACAGGCCACCACACUCCCCAAGGGGGCUCAGGAGAUAUCCGACAUCGACGAUCUUCCAACAAACAAAUCAUCCUCCAAGCACAAACGAACGCUCCAGACUCCCGAUGAUUUUGAGAUCAUGGGCUCAAACCAGCCAUACUCAGACUUUUUCUACAAUCAGCUUAUCAGCCCUGGGACUCUCAUUGUGCCCCAUAGGGAUGAAAUUAGGUUUCUAGGAUCCUCUUCAGGUCUUCUCCUGCAGGGCUUGUAUGGCUGCACUUCUGUCAUUAUUGUGUCUCGGAAGGCAGUCUACAUGAACCACUUAUUUGAAAAUCCAGGGUUCAUGUACGGUUGGGACGACCAAUGCGAGCACUACUGGCCGGGCGACUUCACGAAUCAAAUCGAAAAUGUCCUCCUCAAUGGCGACCCCAUUCCGAUUGUCGACAAAGGCGAAGACUUCGAUGGGCAGCCUUGGCUGCCAGACAUCAGUGGUCUCGCCGCCACCGGUGCCCUCUUCGACCCAGAACAAGAGGGCGGCGUUCGCGCCAUCAUCGUCUCGCCUCAACCGUGGCCUUCCCAGAAUUCCCCAAAAUACAGAUAUCAGGCCGAGAUGGAAACGAUCCGGAACAAGCUUGGUAUCUUCGACCCCGACCCGAUGGACUUCAUCUACCAGAGCACGAACCCUGAAAUGUCAAACGACGUGGCAUUCCAAGUCGGCAAAGUGCUCUUCCAAUUCGAUCCGGCGGAGGCGACGUUCUUCAAUAAGAUCCAACUUGGUGGGGACCAGUAUGCUUGUCCGACUCAGUACGCUGGCUUCAAGCUGUGGAUUGGCUAUGCAGAGUAUGUGAGCAACCACAUUGAUCCGUACUAUGAGGAUAAUUGGUCAUUCAAGUUGGGCGACACGGUUGCACCGUUGCCUCCUGGUAGUGGUCUGAUGGUUUCCCGCGACGAGGAAGUCCCAGACGCGUGUGUGAAUGAGGACAGUAGCAGCACUGCGACGGAGAGUGAUUCUACGACAGCCUCGAUAACCUCGACAGCGUCAUCAAGCACACCUACAACGCUCAGCACGGUAGUCACGACCUCCUCGACCAACACCACCUCCAUGCCAACCACAACCACGACUGUUGCGUCGAUCACAUCCUGCACCCUAUCAACCCAAGGAGCAACCGUCCUCGGCGCCUACACCUACAGCGAAACAACAAUAUGCGCCUGCAACGACGGUUGGACCGCAGGCCUUGACACCAUGGACGCAGGCAACGGCAUGAGCAUCCUCACCUGCGCCGUGGGAACAUCCAUACCCACGAACGCGAUUAUGCCGUCCAUAACCAUCAUCACGCCCCCCACAACCACAACCAAUACAGCGACAACCUCACAUAGCACAUACGUCGGAGCCUGCUAUACGGAUACAUCGAGCCUGCAAUGGGGCCAGUGCCAGUUCAGCGACAGCAGCAUACCGCUGGCGGCUUGUCCGUCGUCUGCCCCGUGUCCGAGCAACGGUGCUGCUUGCUACUAUGUCAAUGAGGGCAAUGCUUUGCAGAUGGGCUGUGGAGUUUCGUCGCCGCAAGCGACAUCCACGUCGUCUUCGGCGUCAGCUAGUGCCAGUGCAUGUGUGGUCCCGGUGGGGUGCACGAAUGCGUCGGCGCCUGAUGGGUGUGCUAUUCUUUGCGCUUGA